AUGGAGUUUUUGAAUGUUUUACUUCUAGGUAUGAUUUUGAGCUUCCUCUUUGUCCAAGGUCAAGCCCAAACUGUAUCACCACCUCCUCCUCCGCUCCAGAAUCUCUCGCCUCCUCCUCCUCCGCCAUUGAAACAAUCAGGAGACAAUACGCCGCCACGUCCUCCUCCACCGAGUCCUCAAGCUAACACGCCUCCUCCACCUCAAAACAGCAUUGGCAUUCUCAUUGCUCCUCCGCCACCUCCUUCACCGUCACCACCGCCUCAUUCUCCACCUUCACCGCCGCCGCCGAUUCCAAAACCUCCUCCUCCUCCGCCGCGUGCGCUAGCUCCUCCUCCACAACCUAACAGAAACAAAUCACGGAGGCUACGACCACCAUCUCCACCUCCUCCUCCUCCUCCUCCACCGCCACCACGGAUCUUCAAGCAGCCGGAGAAGAGUGGAUUAAACACAGGGAAGACGGUGGGUCUUGUAUUUGCUGGGUUCGCAGCGAUGCUGCAGAUAUGCGUUGUUACCUUCUUGGUUUUCAAAAGAAAGCAGCUUUUAAGGAUGACACAUGCUUGCUGA